AUGAAAAUAAUUUGGACCCUUUUUCUCCUGCUGAGUCCAGUCCUGGCGGCUGGCCUGCGGGAUAAUUACUGUGAAAGGAACGAGACCGUACGCACCACUGUGCCCGUGACCAAGCAGCGGACCAUUGUGAAGCCCCAAUCCAAGUGGAGGAUCUGGAAGAAGGCUGAGAAAACCACGGAGAUCUACGAUUCGGAGGAGGUUCAGGUCACCCACCGGCUGGUCAGGGAAUGCUGCCCCGGCUAUCAACAGGUGGAGUCUGGCCUUUGUGAGCCAAUCUGCAGUCGUGCCUGCCCCGCCCAUGCCAGCUGUGCCGCUCCCGAUCGCUGCGAGUGCAUCAAUGGCUACGUCUCGGCCAGAAAUCACCAGGACGGAGGACACUACUGUGAGCCCAUCUGUCAGGAUCCCUGUCACCCGGGUGCCCAGUGCGUGGCCCCCAACACCUGUGCCUGCCGGGAAGGUUACACCCAGCUUCAACCAACCGGGGAUGGGGUGAGCGGCGACUGUGUGCCCACCUGCCAGGUGGGAGGAGGUUGUGCGAACGGCAAGUGCAUCGGCGUGGAGCGCUGCUCAUGCAACGCAGGAUAUCGCUGGGAUAAAACAGAGGAGCGUUGUGCAGAGAUAAGUGGGGAAUCCCUCUCGGAAGAGGACUCGGAGGAGAGCACAGAGGUCCCGAGCACCAGUUCCACGGCAGCUUUCACUGCCCAAGAGUGCCCCGAAGGUUUCGUCCUGUUCCAGGGCGACUGUCGGGAGAAGCAGUUCGAGAGCAAUGAGGGGUCCUGCACGAAGACCGGCUGCGGUCCACAUCAGAUCUGCUUGGAGUCCGGCAUUUGCAACUGCUCCAGAGGAUAUGUUCCGGACGAGACCAGCGUGGAGGGUGGAUAUCUCAGCUGCCAGCGCACCUUGUUCGACCAAAUACUGGGCUUGAACCAGGCCACCGAUGACGAGGACGAGCUGAAUCCUUGGACCAUUCCCAUCAUCGGAGUGGCCAGUGGUUCCCUCUUUGUGCUUCUGAUAGUGGGCUUCAUCGGCGGAAAGCGGUACCGACGGGAACGGACAGCGGCUGCCAACAAAGAGAUGGAGUGCCAGUAUUCCCAGAAAACCGUCGAUGUGGACGAGUGGGUGCCAUAA